AUGGUGCAGCCUCGCUUUAUGAAGAACUACCGGGUGUACAUCCUCACCUCGGUGGCCUAUAUGGGCUCCCUACUUUUUGGAUAUGACACGGGUGUUAUGGGCUCAGUGCUCGCACUGAGCAGCUUCAAGAAAGAUUUCGGCUUACCAGACGGCAAGUCCGGUUUCGCUGACGAAAAGAACGCCUCGAUUUCUUCAAACGUGGUCAGUCUGUUGACAGCAGGCUGCUUUUUCGGAUCCAUUUUUGCCGCAUAUAUCAACGAUCGCAUUGGCCGUCGCUACUCGCUCAUGAUCUUCUCUAUGAUCUUCUUGAUUGGUGCAGCAGUCCAAGUUGGCUCCCACCACCAGAUUGGCACAAUCUACGCAGGACGUGUCAUUGCCGGUCUUGGUAUUGGUGGAAUGUCUAGUAUUACUCCUGUCUUUGUUAGCGAGAAUUGCCCUCCUGAACAGCGAGGUCGGAUUGCUGGUCUUUUCCAGGAAUUCUUGGUCAUUGGUAGUACUUUCGCCUACUGGCUCGACUACGGAGUUGCUCUACGCAUCCCCGAAGGCACUAGCCAAUGGCGAAUUCCCGUUGCCAUCCAGCUCAUUCCCGGUGGAUUGAUGCUGAUCGGACUGUUCUUCCUUAAAGAAUCUCCCCGCUGGCUGAUGAAGCAAGGCCGACAAGAGGAGGCACUCAAGUCUCUUGCCUACAUCCGCAAUGAGACCGAAGACAGCGAGGAAGUGCAACGGGAGAUGGCUGAGAUUCGUGCUGCGAUUGAUGAGGAGACUCUUGCCACUGAAGGCGUGACCUGGAAGGAAUGUCUGCAGCCGAGCAAUCGAUACCGAUUCAUGAUCGCAUUUGUUAUGAUGUUCUGGCAGCAGUUCUCUGGCACAAACAGCAUCGGCUAUUAUGCCCCACAGAUCUUCAACUCGAUCGGUAUCAGCGCAACAAACACAUCGCUGUUCGCGACCGGUAUUUAUGGAACCGUUAAGGUCAUUGCCACAGCAAUUUUCCUUUUGGUUGGAAUUGACCGCUGGGGAAGAAAGUAUAGUAUGAUGGGUGGCGCCGCUUGGAUGGCGGUCAUGAUGUUCAUCAUCGGCGCUGUUCUGGCCACUCACCCCCCGGUCACAGGUGCUACUUCAGUCUCCUCUCCCUCAAUUGCCAUGGUUGCCAUGAUCUAUCUUUAUGUUAUCGGCUACUCGUUCUCUUGGGGCCCUACUCCUUGGGUUUAUCUCGGCGAGAUCUUCCCCACCCGCCUCCGCUCAUAUGGUGUCGGCCUCGGAGCUGCCACCCAGUGGCUCUUCAACUUCGUCAUUACCGAGAUCACACCGCGUGCCAUCAACUCCAUCGGCUGGAAGACUUUCAUCAUGUUCGGAUGCUUCUGCACUGGCAUGGGCAUUUUCGUCACCUUCUUCCUGAAGGAGACCAAGGGGAAGACCCUGGAGGAGAUGGACCUUGUGUUUGGGACUGUCGAUGAAAUACAGAGACAAGCUGAUGUGGAAGCGACCCUGCAGAAGCAAAACUUUGAACAUGCUGAGCACCCAGAAGAACGUCAGGGGUCCACUGCCAAAUAG